AUGGCUUGCGACGACGAUAGCCUGCAACUUGAAGCCGACACCGGCGAUGUGUUGCUAGGGCCUGGCGCACGUCUCGAGUGGAUCGUAGGAGGUCACCAGGUUGGCGCUCAGUGGAAGGACAAAGAGCUUGAAAUCAUGCAUCAUCUUGGAGGACCAUCACCUAUACACGGCAAUGACGGUUCUCUACGUCUCUGGUUCGCGCUUGAUCAAGACGAGAAUGAGUUGCUUGUCGUUCUGACAAUGUCAGUCAAGUCGCGUUCUAAAUCAAAGGCACGCCCACGCAGCUUCUUCCUCGUCGUACCUGCCGAAGACUUGUGCAUGACAAGUGCAAUGCAUGAUUUUCACCCCAUGUCUCCUGAACUUGUGCCCGAAGCUCUGUUCGAGCGCCCCGCCGACACUGUCUCGGCCAAUGCGACUCGCAUCCUCCAUGUAUCCUUCGCUCUUGGCCACAAGCGCACAUGCGGAGUUGUCAUGAACAGCCGACCUUAUUCAGGCAAGAUGCGUGGUACUCCUCUUGCACUGCUGGACGGUCUAAAAUCCUUGUCAGAAGCAAGGGAGUUUGAUCUGUAUCUAAAGUUUAGCUCUUACGCUCAAGUUGGGCUCCAACGCCUGUCUCGAGUUAUGGAUAGGAACGUAGCUUUCUUCACGCCAAAGUUCGACUUGCGCGGAAUGUAUGGGAGUGGAUGGGAUGGCGCUUUUGACGUGUGGGAGGCUCAAGGGUGGCAUCAUGCUCAGAGUGUUCUGUCGAGGAAGAGAAAAGCAUGCUCCCCUCUACUAUCAGAAGAACAGACCGAAGCGCUACCAGUAUACAACCAUCCACCAGCAUAUACAAACUCCUCGUCACUGCCAAGAAUACCGCACACACGUCCUGCAAAGCAACCCGGACCAGAAUUAUGCCAUGCUACCUCUCCCAGCAGUAUCGUCUGCGAGAACAUUGCACCUGGUAUCUCAGCUACUCCGUACUCACCCUAUCCCGUCGUUUUUUCUGGCCCUGCAUCCCAGAAAUCCCCGAAUCCUAUCACAUACUCGCCAUUGCCAACUCUAUAUCCUGCAGGAAAUGCUUCAACGCUGACUCAGAUCUACGACAGCGAGAUGGGCAUUUGGCUGCUCACAGCCUGGAACCUCGUCCCGAACAUCCACUUCUUACUCAUCCGUGAGUUACUCACCGUAUCCGCCGCCGCCAACAACAAAGACGAACUUGGCUAUCGCGCGGCUCGCGUGGUGUGUGCAAAAAAGUUGGCUGGUGUUGUGGCAGAUCGAAUGCAGCAGACCGAGUUCACAAGCAAUGUGGAUGACAAAACACAGCGUGAGGAAUCGCGUAACAAGAUCUUGGUUUCUGAGCCUGAUAGCUGCAUCUCUUGGUUGUUCAUGCUACGACCUGGGGGAGAUGUGGGAUUCAUGGAAUUGCUUGGGAAACUGGAGGUUAGGAAAAGAAUCGCGCUUUGCGCUUCUGGUCAUGAUUUUGAUGACGCGUUCAGGAACGCGAUGGUCAUCAGGGCCGCGAUUGUCUUGCAAGCCUUGAGUAUAGAAGGCACACAGGGCUGA